UUCACACUUAUCAGAUGUGACAUAUUGGAUUGUAAGGUAUGGAAUACCAUACUUCAAUUUGCUUUCUCAAAUACCGAUAUUCUUUAUAUUUAAUCUGAUAGGUAUCGCUGAAGUAUCCAACCUAAGAAAUGUCAAUAAUUCGUUUUUUUCCAUAGAUGCUUAUGCUUUGGGAUACUUCGUAGAUUUGUAUAAUUUUUAAAACAUUUUAUGAAAAUCCACUACAGCUAUAUGAAAGUACAGUAAUAUACAAACAUACAAAAGAUGUUAUCAAAAACAUAAGUUUUUCUAUAUAAAAGGAAUGAGAUCUAUGAAAUACUGAAUUUGACUUCAACAUCGAUAUGGCCGCCAACUUCAACGUUGACAUUGCUUAUAUCUUUGGGGAUCUAUAUAUUAAACAACAUGGCAAAAUUCUCAAUUUACAAUUAAGAUAUAUAUAAUUCACAUUUUAUGUACAAAUUUGCUAACUUUACAGCUUUAAUAUAAUAGUACCAACAAUGCACCAUCACCUAGUUGUCUCAAUUAAAUGUCAUGUAUAACCAAAUAUAUCAAUGUGUCUGAAAGACGAAAUCUGUUUUUAAACACAUAAGGUAUCAAGUUUGUUCAAUCUGUUAUCGUCUUUAAGACACAUUGAUAUAUUUGGUUGGACAUAACAUUUAGUUGAGGCAACUAAGUGAUGGUGCUUUGUUGGCUACAAGUCAAGUGUUUUUCAGUCGAUGUUGGAAACUUGGAACAAUAUUUUACUUUUCCAGCAUCCACCUGAGACGGUUGAGUGUUUUUAUUUUUUGUGCAACCACAAUGUCACAUUUGCAGGAUGGAAUGUAAUUUGCUACGGUUCCUGUGUCAGAAUACAAGUAAGGAUGUUUUCACCUGGCUUCAAUUUACCUUCGGCUUCUUCUGUGUUCCAAUUACUGUUUUAGUUGGAUGAUAUUGUUGCCUUUGAAAAUUAUAUUGGAUUCUGAUGUCGGAUGUCACCUUUAUGUUUGUUUAGAUAAUGGUUCAGGUCCAGUAAGUUCAGCUGGCUUUAAUGCUGUUGCAUUUUCAUAUGGAAAUACUAAUGCUUCCAUGGAGACAAAGGAAGAUGAUGCUGAGUCUAGUUUUCGUCCGAACUUCCCAGUACCAGAGAGUCUACUCCAUAAUCUGCCUCCAAAUGAGAAAAUACAUCAGAUUAUUUCAAGGACUGCAAUGUUUGUCUGCAAACAUGGAAGUCAGUCAGAAAUCCUUCUUAGGGUGAAACAAGGAGAUAAUCCAACCUUUGGAUUCCUGAUGCCUGAUCAUCAUCUUCAUGCAUAUUUUAGAUUUCUUAUUAAUCACAAAGAACUUCUGAAAGCUGACAAAGAUGAUGGCAGCUCAACCGAGGACAUCAAUAAGACUCGGGGGGGUGAUCAAAUAGGUGGUGCAUUGUCUUUGCUUGGAUCUGUCUAUGGAUCCGGAGAGGAUGAGGAUGGUACAUCUGAGAACACUUUUGACUUUGGGAAAAAGGAAUGUGGGGGAGCUAUUGAUGCUGUUAGUACUUAUACUUCUCCUGGAGUAGAGCCGGCAGAAUCUUGUUCAGAUGUGGCCAAGAAGGAUGGAAACGUUUCUAAAAACGCAGUACCUUUGAAAGAAAAAGUUCCAGUCAUAAAGCGGAAUCAUUCUAUCAGUACUGUUAAGACUGCAACCAUAGUUAAAGCAAAAUCAGGUGAUGGCUUGGAUUCAACGUCUAAUAAUACACAGAACAAGUCGCAGACUUCUUUCCCCAGUACUGCAGCUAAGAUUGAACUGCCUGUUAUUGAACCUCCGUCUGAAUUAAAGAGAGCUAUAGAGAAGAUCGUUGAGUUCAUCCUAAAAAACGGAAAACAAUUUGAGGCUGUUCUUGCAGAACAGGAUCGUCCUCAUGGAAGGUUCCCCUUUCUUCUGCCAUCAAAUCGAUAUCAUACUUACUAUCUAAAAGUUCUUCAGUCUGUAGAACAGUCCAAGUUACGAGGCAAGGGCCACCAGAAGCACAAUCCAGUAGGUCGAGUGGUGGACAAUAAUUCUGGUGUACAUGAUGAAAGUGACAAUCAUGUACAUGAAUCUAUGGCUUCUGAUCUACCACAUGAUAAGGACCGAAAAGAAAAGUUCAAGAUGACUAUUGGCAAGUCAAAGAAGGAUGGUCAAGAUCCAAUUCCCAAAGACCAAGCUCAAAACACAGUUAGCAUGGAUGCAGCUGCGACAGCAGCUAUUCUUCAGGCUGCCACUAGGGGUAUGAAAAACCCUAAUUUAGAACUUUUUAACAAGACAUCAAGUGGUAGUGGUCAGGGUCUUGGAAGUGAUGGUGGGUAUUUAUCUAGCUCUGGGACUGGGAGUCUGUAUUCAUCCCAACCACAAGCUCUUGUUGAAAAUCCAAACUUAAUUGCAAAGCCCGGGGCUUCUGCUCCUGUUGCGAAGGCUAUUGCGGAAAAGAUAGCUAUUGCAACAGCAGGUGAAGCGGACUCCUCCGAAGCACAUAUGACUAAAGAGCAAAAGAUUAAAGCAGAGAGAUUGAAACGAGCAAAGAUGUUUGCAGCCAUGCUAAAAAGCUGUGUUGGAGCAAGUGAAUUGCCACGAGCUUUGUCAGUGGAACCACUUGGCUCUGGCCUUUCCGGUUCAGAUGCUGAGACUGUGAAUCUUGUGGGUAAAGAAAGGGAAGGAAGUUCUGUUCCAUUUGACGUCGAACAUUCAGAUAAAAGUCAAAAUUCUGAGAAGCUUUCUGUUGAUAAUUCAGAUAAAAGUCAGAAGAAUGAGGAAAAAGUUAGUGGUGAUAACGAACGCCGUUCAAAAAGAAAGUACCGUUCAAGACAUAGUAGACAUGAAGAGGAGGAGGAAGACGAGAAGAAAGAAGAGCAAGAAGAUAAAAGACGACACAAACGAUCAGGAAAAAGACAUCGGUCUUCACACCACAGUCGAGACAGACAUAAGCACAAGAGAAAACAAUCCUCUUCCAAAGACGGGCAUUCUUACAGGGGGGUCGAGCAUGACAGUUCCUCUGAUGAUGAACAUCAACGUUCAAGGCGUCGUCAUAACUACGAUAGUUCCUCUGACGACGAACACCAUAAACGUAGACAUUCUCGCCGUUCUAAUAAACAUUAUAGUUCGUCUGAUGGUGAGCACAGGCACCGAAGCAGAAGUGUAAAGCGUGGGAGCAGAUCCCGUGGUGACAGAGAAACAGAGCUGGAGGAGGGAGAAAUAAUUAUGAAAUUGGAAAAGUCGGCAGUUGGACGUGGUAGCAGGGAGGCAUCUGCUGGAUUAUCCAAUGCAAGGGCUUCAUCUCAAUCACCUGAAGUAACUGAUGUUCCUGAAGAGCUCAGAGCCAAAAUUCGAGCCAUGUUAAUGGCUAACUUGUAAAACAUCUGUAGAUUGUAUUUACUUACUCUUCUUCCUCACCACGUAGCUAUUGUUACCUAACUUUUCCCAAACUAAAUUAACAAAAUCAAAUUAGUACUUAAA